AUGAAGGACACCGACAACAAUUCCGAGGGUUGUCCCGAGCUACAGCGCAACUUUUCCACCUGGUCGAUGCUUGGCUUGGCCUUCGCGGUGCUGAAUUCGUGGACAGCCCUCUCGGCCAGUUUAUCAAUCAGUUUGACAUCCGGGGGAAGCACGAGUGUUGUCUGGGGUAUGUCAGCAUAUAUCUCCUUGGAUAAUGCUAAUGCAGGCACAGGUCUGGUCACAGCUGGCAUAUGUAACCUGUGCAUUGCCGCGUCGCUGGCUGAGUUUCUUUCUGCCUACCCUUCGUAG